AUGCGUGGGAAUAUCGAAGACUGGACUAUGUUCAUCGGUACACGUUGUCGUAAUCCGGCGAGAUGUAAAAGUUGGUGGCUGAGGCCAAGCAAGGUGCACUAUCAUGAAGAUUUCAACGGAUGUGAUGGACAGAACGAUAUUGCAAUACUAGAACACUAUGAAAAUAUUCCAACUUUCAUGGCAACACCCAUUUGCUUGCCGGAAAAAGACCUCGAGCUGCAAAGUAACAUCAGUGCAGCAGGAAAUGGCAUGUCAGGACGUAUGUUUUAUCGCAUAAGCCCCAUCUCACGCAGAUAG